UCGCGCUCGUCAAGCUCAAAGUCGAAUCGUCAUCCCUGAUCCCUCACGCCGUUUAUGGCGUCUUCAGCCAAGUCGCCGUCGGUCGGCAUCGAUCUGGGCACCACUUACUCUGUGGUGGGCGUGUUCAGGGGCGGGACCGUCGACAUAAUCGCCAACGAGGAGGGCAACCGCACCACGCCCAGCUACGUCGCCUUCACAGACGUCGAGAGGCUAGUGGGAGACGGCGCCAAGAACCAGAUUGCCAUGAACCCGUCGAACACCGUUUACGGCGUGAAGAGGUUAAUUGGGAGGCGGUUCGACGACCCGGCCGUUCAACGGGACAUCAAGAACUGGUCGUACCAAGUGGUCAACGACAGAGGCAAGCCGAAAAUCCAGGUAAACUACAAGGGCGAGGUCAGGGCUUUUUUCCCCGAAGAGAUAUCCGCCAUGGUGCUGGGCAAGAUGAAGGAAACGGCGGAGGCUUUCCUGGGGAACCGAGUGUCGUUAGCUGUCAUCACGGUACCGGCCUACUUCAACGACUCUCAGAGGCAGGCGACGAAAGACGCCGGUACCAUAGCCGGCCUGGAGGUCCAGCGGAUCAUCAACGAACCCACGGCGGCGGCCAUAGCUUACGGAUUGGAUAAAAAGGGUGACGGCGAGAGGCACGUGUUGAUAUUCGAUUUCGGAGGCGGUACCUUUGACGUGUCGAUCCUUUUAAUAUCCGGUGGCAUCUUCGAGGUCAAAGCGACGGCGGGUGAUACUCACUUGGGUGGAGAGGACAUAGACAACCGUCUCGUGCAACAUUUCAAAGAGGAAUUCAGGAGAAAAUUCAAGAGCGACAUUACCGGCAACAAGAGGGCGUUGCGGAGGUUGCAGAACGCGUGCGAGAGGGCGAAACGUACGCUGUCCACAUCCGCGCAGACAUCCGUCGAGAUAGACUCGCUGGCCGACGGACACGACUUUUACGCGAGUAUCACGAGGGCCAAAUUCGAGGAGUUGAACAACGAUAUAUUCGAGAGCACACUGGAACCGGUACGGAAGGCGCUCAGAGACGCCAAGCUGGGCAAAGAGAAGAUUGACGACGUGGUACUGGUCGGGGGUUCGACCCGGAUACCCAGGAUCCAAUCGCUGCUGCAGAGUAUGUUCCAAGGGAAAGAGCUGAACAAGUCGAUCAACCCGGACGAGGCGGUAGCGUACGGGGCGGCUGUGCAAGCCGCCAUCUUGUCGGGAGACACUCACGACGUCGUCAAGGACGUUCUUUUACUGGACGUAAUCCCUCUAUCUUUGGGUAUCGAGACCGCUGGGGGCGUGAUGACGGUUCUGAUCAGGAGGAACACCACCAUACCCACCAAGCACGCUCAGAUCUUCUCCACUUAUUCCGACAACCAGCCAGGGGUACUGAUUCAAGUCUACGAGGGUGAGAGAGCCAUGACCAGGGACAACAACCUGCUGGGCAGGUUCGACUUGGCGGGGAUCCCGCCCGCACCCAGAGGCGUGCCUCAGAUAGAGGUCAGUUUCGACAUCGACGCCAACGGUAUAUUGACGGUGAACGCGUGCGACAAAGCAACUGGGAGGCGGAACAACAUCACCAUAUCCCACGACAAGGGCAGGCUGAGCCAAACGGACAUAGAGAGCAUGAUACGGGAGGCGGAAGAGUUCAAGGAAGAGGACCAAAUGAUGAGGGCGGCGGUGGCCGCCAAGAACGAGCUCGAAUCGUACGUCUACAGGAUGAGAGGAGUGAUCAACGACCCCACCGUCUCCGCCAACGUGUCGGAUGGGGACAAGAAUAUGGUCGGUAACUUGUGCCGGGAGGCAGAAGACUGGAUAAGGACGAACGACAGGGCGACCGAGAGCGAGUACGCGAGGAAGAAGGAAGAACUUGAAGCGGUUUUUCAUCCCUUAGUGGCGAGACUGUAUGGCGGCUCCGGGGCACCGAUGUCGGCUAGGAAUUUCGCCGGUGCCGAUCAAAAUGGCGGAGGUGGACCGAUUAUAGACGAGGCAGAUUGAUCCUAAAAAUUUUCCAGUAACAAGACUAACACCCUGUACCAUGUGAAUGAAGCGUAGCCGUCACGGCCCCUCGGGACUAACUUUGGAUGCAAUUUAUCAAGUGUCGGACAUUUCGGCUCUAUCGGAGCGCGGAAGCCUCGGAGACGCGCACUCGGUGGGCGGACAGAGGGUCGAUUGCGUAACCGGUGGUGGCGGGGGGCCGCAAUACCCCCGGCCCGCUCCCGCGCGUCUGGAAAUCAUCACGUCCGCAAUAAAAGUUCUUUUCCGGUGAACCGGAUAUAUAUCUAUAUAUUGAGUAGACGGCCCGCGGGGACUCGGAAGACGCGAACUCAUAUAUCGCGGCGGACGUCCCCUAGCGGCCAGUUGAAGAAACUGGAAAGCUAUCGCGAUGCGGGGGAAAUCCAAUAAGCGAACUCCCCCCUUCCCCUUGCGCGCGACGUUGGCACGAUCAGUCAGGCUGCCUACGCCAAUGGCGUAAUGUCCAAUAAAGCGGAGGGGGAGCGGCUUGGAGUUGGACGGGGCAUACGAUCGAGAUUGUUACGGGGCGUGGCCGACACUUUCAAGUCGAGUUUGAAGUGACGCAACCAGAGGGCACUAUAUUUCACCAAAUUCAAAUUUUGUGUUACGAUUUCCAUCCUAAAAAUGUUAGCUACCUACGCAAAACAUUUUCGGCCAUGGGAUGUUGCGAGAUAUACUCGCAAUACCCGUAUCAUUACAUUUUUACAUUCUGCCAAAUAUUCUGGAACUUUUUUAUGUAACAUGAUGUACCAAUACUUAUCUUGAGCAUUUUCGGAGAUAAAAAAUAAUUUUUAACAAAAAUUUCUCAACAAACAAACCGAUAUAAAAUAAUAAUAAAUCUCUCGCAACCAGUACGGCUGAACAUUUGAAUUUUUGGAUGCAGUUCUCUAUUAAACUGCUUUAUCAUAGAAUAGUAUGAGAAUUAAAUUAUCGCUUAAGAUAAGACCCAAUUGGCAAGCUGGGAAUUUUAAAUGGAACUUCCCAUAUUUUAUAUUGGCACGUAAAUGAGCAAUUA